AAAAAAGAAAAAAAAAAAAAGAAAGCAAAAACCCGAUUCUCCUCGUCCUUCACACUUUACUAUAAAAGACUACUUCAUAAUAAUUUUAUAAAAUCGCAGCUAGCUCUUUCUUCAAAACACUUCUGCUCCGUACACCUUUCUUUCACUAUUUCAGACGCAAAGUGUGAGAAACGAUGGCGUUUCGGGCGGUGAUGUCGAGGCGGGUCACGAAUCGGAGCUCCGAUAUUGGAGCGAGGUGGAUGUCAACGUGGUGGGGGAACGUGGAGCCUGCAGCGAAGGAUCCGAUUCUCGGCGUUACGGAGGCUUUCUUGGCUGAUCCCAGUCCCAGUAAAGUCAAUGUCGGAGUUGGCGCUUACCGCGAUGAUAAUGGAAAACCCGUUGUUCUCGAAUGCGUUAGAGAAGCAGAGAGGAGGAUUGCUGGACACUCAAACAUGGAGUAUCUUCCUAUGGGAGGAAGUGUCAAGAUGGUGGAAGAAACACUAAAACUGGCCUAUGGGGAGAAUUCUGAGUUUAUCAAAGAUAAAAGAAUAGCAGCAGUACAAUCUCUAUCUGGUACUGGUGCAUGCCGACUUUUUGCAGACUUUCAAAAGCGUUUUCGUCCUGAUUCCCAAAUUUACAUACCAGUCCCUACCUGGGCCAACCACCAUAACAUCUGGAGAGAUGCACAAGUACCUCAAAGGACCUUCCAUUACUAUCACCCAGAGACUCGAGGGUUAGAUUUUGCAUCACUGAUGGAUGACAUAAAGAAUGCUCCAAAUGGCUCAUUUUUCCUCCUUCAUGCUUGUGCUCACAAUCCUACUGGAGUGGAUCCUACAGAGGAACAAUGGAGAGAGAUGUCAUACCAGUUCAAGGCAAAGGGUCAUUUUGCUUUCUUUGACAUGGCAUAUCAAGGUUUUGCUAGUGGUGAUCCAGAGAGAGAUGCAAAGUCUAUCAGGAUUUUUCUCGAGGAUGGACAUCUAAUUGGAAUUGCUCAAUCAUAUGCAAAAAAUAUGGGACUGUAUGGCCAGAGAGUGGGAUGCCUUAGUGUGCUUUGUCAAGAUGAAAAACAAGCUGUGGCUGUUAAAAGUCAAUUGCAGCAGCUUGCCAGACCUAUGUAUAGUAACCCACCUCUUCAUGGUGCACUCGUAGUUUCAACCAUUCUUGGUGAUCCGGAUUUGAAGAAUUUAUGGCUUAAAGAAGUUAAGGUCAUGGCAGAUCGCAUCAUCGGAAUGCGAACAGCUCUACGAGAAAAUCUUGAAAAGUUGGGAUCACCCUUAUCAUGGGAGCACAUAACUAAUCAGAUUGGUAUGUUUUGUUAUAGUGGGUUGACCCCUGAACAAGUGGAUCGUUUGACGAGCGAAUUUCAUAUUUACCUUACUAGAAAUGGUCGUAUCAGUAUGGCGGGUGUCACUACAGGUAAUGUUGGAUACUUAGCUAAUGCCAUCAACGAGGUCUCGAAAUCUGCUUAGUGGCUUGUUCCAGAAGUCAAAUUCUUAGAGGGUGCCUUAGAUAUAAAGUCGAAGACAUCACAAAUUUCAUUGGGAUUUUUGUAAUCUUCCUUCCCAUUCAUAAAUGAAUUGGAAAGGAUGUAAUAAAAGAGACAUCAUUAUAUGCUCAUCCUAAUUUUUUCCACCAAUAAUGGUGAGGGCUUUUUUUUUUUUUUUUUUUUUUUUUUGGGGUGGGAAACCCCAUCUUGUAAUACAUGAACCAUGAAAAUGGCUACACCUAAAAUUUGUGUGGAAACCUAUUGGUUCUAGUUAAAAAAAUACAUCUGAGCUGGAAGGAUUUUGACAUAUCCAAGGCAUAUACAUUUCUGUUCUUAUCA